UUUUAUUUACAUCUGCGCGAUAAGAGGAGAAAAUUCGCAAUCAACUGAUAGCACCACGUAAAUAUACAUAAGGACACAUAUUUAGCAGUUUCGGGAGCCGAAAUUUUUAGCAUACGUGGCCUAAGUGCGUUUGUUCAGCCAAAGGACAAAUACAAAAUUUUACACCAGCGAGGAUAUCAGUACGCCAACGCCAGUUUCCAUGACAGCGUUACCAUAACAAUUGCUGCAGCAUUGCUGAAUUAUUAAAAUAAAGCAAAGUAGAAGAACUUUUCACAAGUAGAUACACAACGACGCCCACGCACGUUUGACGAUAGCUUGCGAAAAUGUUUCUCUUCGAUUGGCUGCUGCAACGCAUAUUGCCAGUGAUUUUUUUCCAUCUGCGACCUUUCAUCAAAUGGUUUUUACACACAUUCACACGUCUCUGUGAACUUCAACGCAUUGUAUAUGGCGCACAAGCGGGUGCGAGUCGUACACGCCAAGUGGAACGCUCGCUAAUGCUUUCGCAAAAUAUUGAAAUACAGCAGCUGUUGCGGGAGUUGGACACUGCUGUGGAAAGCUGUAGCGAUGAGGAGAUGCGUCAGCUACCCGCGCGCGCCGUUAGCGUAGUACAGCAUGCCAAGCAUAUAAAAGCGAAAAUACAUCCAGAUUUUGCGCCACUUUUUGGCAAUUGUGUGCUGCAAAUUUGGAGUUAUCGGCAUCUGUUACAUCAGGUGGAACGCUUGCGGGCUGAGCCAUACGAUGCAGACAAUUUGGAACACGAACAGAAAUUGUUAGAGUUGUGGAAUAGGCUAAUGCCAGAAGAGCCGCUCGAAGGACGCAUUACAAAGCAAUGGCAGGAUAUUGGCUUUCAGGGUGACGAUCCCAAAACCGAUUUCCGGGGCAUGGGCGUACUUGGUUUGGAGAACCUUUUGUAUUUCUCGCGCGAAUACCGCGACGCAGCGCAUCAUGUGCUCUUGCACUCAAAACAUCCCGUCUAUGGUUAUACCUUUGCCAUAGUGGGUAUAAACCUCACCGCAAUGGCAUAUCGUUUGCUCAAGUCGGGCGAUGCGAAAGUGCAUUUCUAUAACGCAGCACAGGCGGUAAAUCAACCUUGCACACUGGCACAUUUUCACAAAUUCUAUUGCUAUUUACUUUUCGAAUUCGACCGCUUCUGGAUGGAGGCGGAGCCGACAAAUAUAAUGGAUUUUCGUGAGAUUUAUCAACGAUUUGAAAUUUUAAUAAUGGAAGCUUUACACAAUGACAAAACGCUGUUCAAAACGAAUCUCGUUGUAGAAGAAGUUUAAGAAGGAACUGAAUUCUUUUCUCGAAAGUACUUAGGUUAAAGAUAAAAUGUAGAAUAAUGUGUUACUUAAACAAAAUUUUAUACACCUUUUAAACACUUAUAAAACUAUAAAAACCAACAAGGUUAUUGAAUAAGUGGAAUCUAUUAAAAAUUCACUAACACAAAUAUAUAAAUGUUUCGCACUUAUGCAA